AUGUGUGCGUCAAGGUCGACCUUUCGAAGAUUCCAAUUUUGGAGUGUAAUGCUGCUGUCGCACGUAUCCGUCGCUCAACAAUAUACCGGUGUCAAAUCUGUGUCUUCCUCGCCAGAAGCGAUUCAACAGCAAGCUCACUCAGCUCGCUCAGUGGAUGGUGGUAUUCCUGCAACGGAUAGCAAUAUAAUCAAUCUCGCUAUCACACCCUUCGCACGUGGCCAAGGCUUUUCGGCUGCCAAAGGACGCAAUCUCGGCUUUGCGAACGACGCCUCGCUCAAUGCGAUCCCUUCUGGGAUUAACAAUGAACUCUCAAAUGUUGACGUUCGGGGUUCAACGUUACAGCCGAAUACGGUGUUACGAGACAGCUAUGGAAAUCCUGUGACCCCUUUUACGGAUCUUGCCAAGCCAGAACUGGACUCCGUCGGGUUUCUAACGAACGUUAAUCGAGACGCAAACUUUCAAUCUUCCGGCCAAGGCAGCAAAGUAGGACCGUACAACUUUAAAGUUCCAAGCUACGCGUCUGGCAUAAUCGAGCCUAUCGCGCAACCAAACUUUGGUCUACUACCACCAAACCCUGUUCCCAGCACCGUGCAGGUGGUACCACCGAGCAGCACUACAACGGCACGGUCUCCCAUUACGCAGCCACAGUUUCUGCCAAAUGCAAAAAUCCCAAACAUCGAGGAUGGUAAGAUUCUGUUUGCUCAGAAACCGGUGAAUGGCCUAUUGCCCCCACUGUUCCCGGAUCAGUUACCACCGGUGUAUGAUAUCAAAGUUGGCACGGAACGAUCAACGUACUUUGUUCGCGAUCCGUUUGUUGAUCCGGUAAAGCCAACAUCACUGCAAACUUUACAACCGCCACAAUCGGCAUUGAUGCCUGACGGUGGAGUUGGAUUCAAAACCGACGUUAAUCAACAGACGCAUUUUCCCCAACCAAACACGCUGACGGUAAAUAGAUUUUCAGGAUCAGCAGCUCCCAAUGCGCCAGCAUUUGAAACUACUACCAAACCGGUGGUACAGAAGUACAGUGGAGGGUUUGGAGGACCGGCUGGAUUUCUUGGCAAUCAGCAAAACAUUGGCACUGUUUACACAUCGACUGUAAGACCGAACAUACCACAAGCGAUUCCAUCCGCUACGCAGCCACAACCUCGCCCUCAAACCAUUUUUACACCUCAAAAUACAUUUUCAACAACGGCUAGACCCGUUGCCAAACCGACUGUUCAAAAGUAUAUGGGCAGCUUUGGUGGAGCACCAGGGUUCUUGGGUAAUCAAGCGAAUAUCGGUACCGCUUACACUAAAGCUCCACAAACGAUCGCUGCAAUAACGCCUACUGUAGCUCCCGUUCAACAACCACCUGCCGUGCAACAUUUUGGUAUCGCACAUCCGGUUCCGGUUCCAACUUCUACACUGCCACAACGACCCUUGCCGCCAUCCGCCCCGUCAGUGCCGAAUAACUAUAAUGGACAAUUCAAUGGAGCUCCCGCCAACCAGGGCAGUGGUAUAAGACCAACAGCUGGCUCCACAUUCACACCACCUCUACAACCAGUCAGGCCUGUUUCGGCAACCAAUACCUUUACUGGUGGCAAUAAGUUUACCGGUAGUUUCGGUGGUGCACCAGGAAUUUUAGGCAAUCAGCAACGGCCCGGAACUCAUGUCAAACCGGACGGUAGCUUAUUUCCAUCCACUCUGCAACAACUUCCACAGCAACAUCAACAACCGCAUCAAUCCUUAUCGCAACAGCUGCAACAACCAAAACCAGCGACAGAUACAUUCACAGGUAGCUUUGGUGGCCCACCCGGUGUACUGCGUCCAUUUGAUAAUACUAAGGGCUAA